UGUCCCAUCCUGUCGCCCAUGAUGUCUAUUCUGGGGACCGAGAAACAAGAUUUUUCCCAAAUGAAGCGAGCUCCCCUGCUCCUGCUGGGGGUUUAUCUGCUGUCCUUCAGCAGGGCAGAAGAGGGGCUGAACUUCCCCACGUAUGACGGGAAGGACCGAGUGGUCAGCCUUUCGGAGAAGAGCUUCAAGCAGAUGUUGAAGAGAUAUGAACUGCUGUGCCUCUAUUACCAUGAGCCGGUGUCUUCAGACAAGGUCGCACAGAAACAGUUCCAGCUGAAGGAGAUAGUGCUGGAGCUCGUGGCCCAGGUACUGGAACAUAAAAACAUAGGCUUUGUGAUGGUAGAUUCCAAGAAAGAAGCCAAGCUUGCCAAAAGACUGGGUUUCAAUGAAGAAGGAAGCCUGUAUGUUCUGAAGGGUGACCGCACGAUUGAGUUCGAUGGGGAGUUUGCAGCAGAUGUCUUGGUAGAGUUUCUCUUGGAUCUCAUUGAAGACCCAGUGGAGAUCGUGAAUAACAAGCUGGAAGUGCAGGCCUUCGAGCGCAUUGAGGACCAGAUCAAGCUCCUUGGCUUUUUCAAGAAUGAGGACUCUGAAUAUUACAAAGCAUUCCAAGAGGCAGCCGAACACUUCCAACCUUAUAUCAAGUUCUUUGCUACCUUUGACAAGGGGGUGGCAAAGAAGUUGUCCUUGAAGAUGAAUGAAGUUGGCUUCUAUGAGCCAUUUAUGGAUGAGCCCAAUGUCAUCCCUAACAAACCUUACACAGAAGAGGAGCUUGUGGAGUUUGUGAAGGAACAUCAAAGACCCACCCUACGUCGAUUGCGCCCAGAGGACAUGUUUGAAACAUGGGAAGAUGACUUGAACGGGAUCCACAUCGUGGCCUUUGCAGAGAAGAGUGACCCAGAUGGCUAUGAGUUCCUGGAGAUCCUGAAACAGGUUGCCCGGGACAACACUGACAACCCUGACUUGAGCAUCUUGUGGAUUGACCCAGAUGACUUUCCACUGCUUGUUGCAUACUGGGAGAAGACCUUCAAGAUUGACCUGUUCAAGCCACAGAUCGGGGUGGUGAAUGUAACAGACGCUGACAGUGUCUGGAUGGAGAUCCCAGAUGAUGAUGACCUGCCCACAGCCGAGGAGCUGGAAGACUGGAUUGAAGAUGUGCUUUCUGGAAAGAUCAACACUGAAGAUGAUGAUAAUGAAGAUGAAGAUGAUGAUGGCGAUAAUGACAAUGAUGACGAUGAUGAUGAUGAUGAUAAUUCUGAUGAUGAGGAUAAUGAUGAUAGUGACGAUGAUGAUGAUGAUUAAUAGCUCCAGACCUGAAAAAUCUGAUGAGAAGUACAUCACAACUACCCCCUACCACACAGACAACCCAAGGGGGCAGCAAGCAGCGGUGCCCACACUCUUUUCCUUUCUCCAGCAUUUUUUUCUAGUUGAUUCUUGGCAGGAGUAGUACAUUUCAGUGAAUGCCUUCCCGAACCCAGCAGUCCCAAUCAGCAGGGACAGGAGGGGAGAUUCCCAUGCUGACUUCUUUUAAGCACUGAGGAACAAACAGCUCUUGUUCUUUGCUAGACCAUCACAGGUCAUGGAAUUCUGGGAGUCCUGGGAUAGUAUCUCCUGACACCUCUACUCAAGUUUACUUACUGUCUUUGAUUGUGACCGAACUGACAGCUUGCUACUAGUUCACAAGCAGGGUACAGACUUCUAAUCAGAGCCCAGGAAGGAUAUAUGAUUAUUCAAUUCAGCUCCCAAUCCUAGAAUCUCAGUGAAUCUGAGCCUUUGGAUGGCUACUAGGAAUCCUUGAAAUGUGUGGGCAUCACUAUCAUUUCUACAAUAUUAGGAUGCUGUGUGUGGAGUCAGUUAGCUCUCUGAAUGUCCCAACAGUUGGCCAGCCAUGUAUAUAUUCACCAGCAGUGAGAGAAGGAGGCUAUGGGAUGAAACAGUUUAGGUCUCUGAAUGGGUUUGCUGGCUGCCUAGUGUGAUCUGGGAACUGAAUGCCCCUUCUCUGUCCCUGUUAGUGAGAUGUUCCAUUCUGAGUUAAAAUUGCUUUAUCCAAUGGUCAAUUAACUCUCCAUUCAUCAGCACUCCCACAGUUGACCAGGGCAGCUGAUAAUUAGAGUUCAUGAUGCCUUGAGGCACUGAGAAAAAAAAAAUUCCCCAAGUGCCAAGUGCCUUUUGAAUGUCUGAAAGUAACAUUGUGCUUGGUAGUUUUAGUUGCUAAGUAAGUGUUCUAAUUUGUUUUUGAAAUCUGUUAACAUGGGGAACACUCUGUGUGGUUUUGUUUUUGAAACUGGGGCAGUCCUUUCAUGGAAUAGUAAUAAACUGACAGACAUAAAACUCAUGUUUUGAAAAGA